AUGCAUCCAAAGGACUUCUCCCUUGGUAGGGCAGACAAUGAUGUCGACCGUCAAUCACGUCUCGGGCAACUCCGUCAGUUCAUCCUCAACGGCUCUCUUACCAGCGAGGAACAUCGCUAUGUGAAGAUUCUUCUGUCUGCGAAACACAUAGACAUUAUUAGCGAGCUUCCAGUGGAACUCAUAAGUCAAAUCGCCGAAUUAUUAGACUUACAUCAAUUUGUUGCUUGUCUUGCCGUGUCUAGGCGUUGGCGUGACAAAUUCCUCUCGAGACCUGUCAUAAGCCUCAUAAUCAACAAAUUCUGCCCUUCGCUGGGGCGUAAGUAUGGGGAUCCUCAAUUCGGUACGGAAGAAUGCCUCAAAAUCCUUCACAAAAUAGGACGUUUACGCUGGUGGUGUUUUCGGUCGAGCAUUGCGAAACAAUUCACUUGGGAUCAUGAAUCAUAUUUUAGACCUGACCCGGUGUGUCACGGCAAUGUGGACGAUUUGUCCCUUUUCUAUUCACAAUUCAAUCGUCUUGGGGAUGCCGAACCAAAUACAACGGCAUAUUUGAGUGCUUUAUACUCAAGUGGCAAGAUAGCAUGGCUUGCGAAAAGUCGCAUAGUGGUAGUCGAUAACCUAUGGACUCGAAUGCGGAAAGUUUUUACUGCGCCGUGGGGCCCGUUCGUCGCCCCAGCACUCGCACUACUUGCGCAUGGCAAUAGACUUGUCGUUGCUUCCAUGGAUCGCUUGUUGGUCGCGUGGGAUCACGUCUUAAAUGUCUGUUUGGAAAAGAAAUUGCCCGGCUCUAUCAAACAUGCCACAACAGAUGGAUAUAGAGUCGCUGUAAUCCUUUUCAACGGAGAUAUCUUUUUAUGGGAAUUCGGCGGCAAACUCUCAGCACUUUCGACAACUUCUAUGAUGAAACAUCAUAAUCGUCUAGAUCCCAAACUACAACGAUCAUGGACGGCGAAUCUACGUGUGAUUCUUCAUCCUGGAUGCGACAAGACUUUGUUCCUAGCUUCUGGUUACACUGACUACAUCGAUUCCAAAGCCGUUCUCAAAAGAGUGGUGUACGAAUUCCAGGAUAUUAAUCAUGUUAAGACUUUCGAAUUCGAAAUACCCGCAAAAGUCUAUAAUAUGAUGGACCUUGCCGAUGUCGGGGUUCAAAUACGCAAAGUCCUGCCUUACCGCCGCGACACCAUCGGAUUCUGUGAACCGUACGCACGUGCCGACCCGAGACCAUUGACACCCUCUGAGACCUUCGUCGAAUUCGACAUAUACGAUCGGAAAUUUUCCGCGAGGAUCGAUGAAGAAAUUGACUAUCAGAAAUUUGGCUGGCCUACCAUGCUAGAAGAAGCUGACUUAGAUUUCCUAGUCAGAUUCCAUAAUAACGGCUUCACCGCUUCCAGUAUUCUAGACGAGGGUUGA